AUGGGCAGACCUAACAAAAGAAGUAGACAGAUUUCAAGAUUAGCCCAAGCUAGAAAAAACCGUACUGGACAAAAAAAUUCGAUGGUUGCCUCAGAUACACAUGAUACAAGUUUAAAUACUAGUGACAUUGGGAUGGAUUUAAAUGAACAUCCGAGUUCUGGAAUUGAGCCUAAAGUUGAAUCCAAAGUUAAAGCUAAAACUGAAUCCGUCCGGAGUCCUGCUGAUAACAACGAAUCAUGUGACGAUUUGAAUAUGAAUAGAGGUGACCGUGUUGUUCUUGUACGUGAGAAGGCGAAGAAGGUUCUUCAAGGAAAUACUAUCCCGAUAAAAAGCAGGUCGUUUUAUUUGAAAGAAUCAAAACGAACACAGCAAAGGCGUGCAAAGAAAUUGAGAGAUGCUGCAGUUGGGACUUCUAAAAUAACAAAAUUUUUUAAUAUUCAAACCUCGAGUGAAGAAGAUCAAUCUGAAAUUUAG